UGUGCAGGGACACAGGAUGAUCAGGCUGAGGGCCAAGAAGCUCUUCAAGAGAAGUAGUAGUUCUAAGGCGAGUAGCGGCGGCGGCGGCGGAGAUAUCCAGUGGGAGGUGCGGCCGGGGGGCAUGCUGGUCCAGAAGAGAGAAUGCGGAGAGGGAGGCGUGGAGAUGGUCACAGUGAGGAUCUCUACCGGCUCGAAUUUGCAUGACAUAUCCAUCGGAGCUACUGCCACUUUUGGAGAGUUGAAGAUGGUGGUGGCGAUGGUGAGCGGGUUGGAGCCGGAGGAGCAGAGGCUGCUGUUCAAGGGGAAGGAGAGGGAUGAUGCUGAUCAUCUUCAUAUGGUGGGUGUGAGGGACAAGGACAAGGUGCUGCUUCUGGAGGACCCUGCGAUCAAGGAAAGGAAGCUGAGGGCCAUGGCAAUGGCACGACCCGGGAGCCAAGUGAUGAGCAGCGGAUGCCACACCAUUAUUGAGGUGUAGCGGAAGCUUGAUUUCUUUCCCUUUUUCAACGUAUAGAGAGAACGAAGAAGAAGCAGAACCUCCUCUUCUUUUUAUGCAUGGUGGGAUGGUAAAGCAGCUUCCAACGGCUGAGAUUCAAUGAAGCUCAAUCGGAUGGUCAAAAUGGCAUCCUCAUCUAAUUUGUGUUCCGAGAGAAGCUGAUUAAAAGGCUUGAGAGUUGCAUUCCUGAGUAUUUUAAUGAGAUGGAAUGGAAAUUUCUCUGUUCUUGCU